UGAAGAGGGAGGGGUAGGGGAGACUAUUGAGGCCUACCAAUAGUUUGUUUCUGCAAUGUGAAAAUUGUGGCGACUGCUCCAAAUAAACAGCCAAUAGGAAACCUGUACGAGCGAACCUCCUCUCGAGACUAAAUACAAACACAUGGCCUGACUAGAAAAGAUUGAGUGCAUUUUCUGUCUUUGCAUAGUUUCAUUUUAAAAAUAAAUAACAAUUUAGUUUUUAAUACAACUUUUUCCGGUAUUUGAGAAGAGAAGCGGCAGGGCGUGGAACUUCAUUCUGAACGUUUAAAUGCUUGCCUUUAUUGUAAUGAGUUUAUUUUCAAGCAGUUGAAAGCCGAAGGGUACAAGAUGACUACCUACACAGACAGAGGUGAACAUCAUGACCAUGGCAAGUUCAUCUGUUUCGACCACAUCACAUUCUGGGUUGGAAAUGCCAAACAGGCAGCAUCUUACUAUUGUAACAAGCUUGGAUUUGAACCGUUGGCCUACCAGGGUUUAGAGACAGGCUGUCGUGAUGUGGUGUCUCAUGUGGUCAAACAAGGCAAGAUUAUGUAUGUAUUCGCGUCCGCCCUCAACCCUGGAAACAAAGAAAUGGGGGAGCACUUGGUGAAGCAUGGGGAUGGCGCCAGGGACAUUGCAUUCACUGUGGAGAACUGUGAUUACCUUGUGCAGAAAGCCAGAGAGCGUGGUGCCAUCAUAGUGAAAGAGCCGUAUGUAUUGGAGGACAAUUAUGGCAGGGUUAAGCUAGCUGUUCUCCAGACGUAUGGGGACACAACACACACAUUUGUCGAGAGGACAGCCUACAAAGGGCUUUUCCUCCCAGGGUUCCAUCCUCCUCUCCACCGGGACCCCUUGUUGGCCAAGCUACCCAGUGGAUUACUGAACUUCAUUGACCAUGUUGUGGGGAACCAGCCGGAUGAUGAAAUGGUGCCUGUGGUGGAAUGGUACCAGAAGAACCUGCUCUUCCACCGGUUCUGGUCGGUGGAUGACAAGCAGCUGCAGACAGAUUUCAGUGCACUGCGCUCCAUCGUUGUGGCCAAUUAUGAAGAGACAGUGAAGAUGCCCAUUAAUGAGCCAGCCAUGGGAAAACGCAAGUCCCAGAUCCAGGAGUAUGUGGAAUACUACGGUGGCCCAGGUGUCCAGCACAUCGCCAUGAACACAUCAGACAUCAUCACUGCAAUCCGUAACCUGAAAGAGCGUGGCAUGGAGUUCAUGUGUGUGCCAGACACCUACUACCAGCUGCUGAGAAAGAAUCUCCAACACUCCCAAGUCAGGAUCACUGAGGACCUGGACAUUCUAGAGGAGCUGAAGAUCUUAGUAGAUUUUGAUGAGAGUGGCUACCUGCUCCAGAUCUUCACCAAGCCUGUUCAGGACCGUCCCACGGUGUUUCUGGAGGUCAUUCAGAGACACAACCAUCAGGGCUUUGGUGCAGGCAACUUCAAGGCUCUUUUCGAAGCCAUCGAGGCAGACCAGAAUGCUAGAGGGAACUUGACUAUCCUGACCCCUAAUGGUGUGUCUAACCAUAUUUGAGCUUGCAAAUAAUUUGUUCAAUGAUUUAUUGGAGAGCUGUAUCUACACACUAUAUAUAAAUGGAAUUAUGAUUUGACAGUGCUUGUGGAGUCAAACGUAAGGAACGAUUGUUCAUUAUUAGAAUAAUACAGUGAUGCUGUAAAAAGACAUACUAAAUCAUUUUGACUUGAAGCCAAAUUGUUAUAUUUGUUUUUGUGACUGAUCAGAAUCAGAUAUGUUGAUGUACAAUACAUACAGUAGCAACAGCGACAGAGCAGACAUCAUUAUACAAUUUGAGCCAGUUAUAUAAUUUAAUACUGGCUUUUUUUUAAAUAUUUUUUUUAUGUGACCUCACUCUGUAGUCUUAGCUUUAUAUUGUCUUAUUUACUUUAUUUCUGAAAAAAGAAUAACAAAUAAACCACAACCUAACCAGGAGGGAGGUAAUAAACUCAAAAUAAUGAAUGCAUAGUAAGAACACACAAAUGUAAGUUAUUUGUAUCCUUUCACUUCAAACUGUUACUUUUAGCAUUCGUAUUUAAGAGCAUGUAAUAAAACAAUUGAUCUGCAUUGAGA